AUGUUUACAAAUAGGGGACUUAUUAUUUUGGGAUCAUACUUUUGUACUAUCAACGUUGGUGCUGCUGGUUUGUUUUUUUAUGAUAAACAACAAGCUAUAAAACAAAGAUGGAGAGUUAGAGAAUCAACACUUCAAUUAACAGGUUUAUUAGGUGGUUGGAUAGGAGGUAUGUGGGCAAUGGAAAAAUUCAAACAUAAAAGAGCUAAACAAUCAUUUAAAAAUGUUUAUUUUUCUGCUGUAGCAGGUAAUAUAGGUGUUGUAGGUGCUUUUUUUUUUUUAUAUAAGAAAUUUCCUCAUUUAAUCCCUAUUCAAAUAAGAUCCUUACUAUUUAAAGAGGCAGCCUAUAUUCGUCCAAAUCAAUUUCAACAAGCAACCGAACAACAAUACCAACAACAACAACAACAACAACAACAAAAACGUUUUGAAGAAAUUAUUGAAGAUAAUAAUGAAAAUUUAAAUGUUAUUAAAAAGAAAAGAGGCGGAAGAAAGAAUAAACAAAACUAA